AUGUCUUCUCAAAUUCUUAGACAAACCAUCAGAAGAUACUCUUCUUUGCCAAAAUACGCCCUUGAACCUGCUUUUAAAAAUGUGGACGUUAAGGCAGCUAAUGCAUUUAAACAUGAAUUAGAGGCUUCUCAACACCAUGCUAAGGAUACUUCAAAAUUCUGGAUUAGAAUCACUGCUUUCGUUGCAGUUCCUGCAGUUGCUUUGACUGCUAUCAACACUUAUUUCGUUGAAAAGGAACACGCUGAACACCGUGAACAUUUGGAACACAUUUCUGACGAAGACUGGCCAAAAAAUUAUGAGUACAUGAACAUUAGAUCCAAACCAUUCUUCUGGGGUGACGGUGACAAGACUUUAUUCUGGAAUCCAAUUGUUAACAGACACAUCCGUCAUGAAUAA